AUUAUGUCAAAGUUUAAAGAUUAGGCUACAUCAUCUUAAACAGGAUGCGGUUGCUUUGGCAGUUCCAAAUAAAAAAAUAUGUAUAAAUUCAUUUUUAUUUUAGGAUUAAGUUCUCUCACAUUGAAGUAGAUGAGGAGAUUGUAUCUGCAUCUAUUAUCUUGGAAAUGAUCUAUAGAGGUUAAAAUGUAGAAUUAGCGUUGUCUCGUUGUAGACUUAACCCUAAUUUGGUCUUACUAUAAUUUAGGGAUGAUUUAGAAUACUUUAUUCCACAACUAAUCAACCAAAUUUUAAUCAAAUAACUUGAUUAUGUGCUUCAGUUUAUUAUUAAGGCUGCUGAAGUGGAUUUCUUUUUUGCUCACACAUUCUUUUUUGCCUGGAGAUCCAUUAUUAAUGAUUUCAAUCCUGAAAAUGAAAAUUAUUUAAAGCUUUAUUUCUCAAAAUUAGAUCGAGUUUACAAAAAGACUCUAUUAAUUGCUGCUUACUUUGAGAACCAUUAAUUUAACGAUGGCAUAGAGUAACAAGUUUCUAAAGGAAUGCCUAUUGCACAAUAAGUAAAUAAGUUACCUGACAGAAUCCAAGAAUAUGGUACUCUGUUUUACUCUAAUCAUGUUUAUAAUGAUACAUUAAAUCUAGAUAAUUAUGAAUCAAUUUUUAGAUAAGCUAAAUCAUCAGGAUUUUGUUCAACGAUAGAUUUCUGGGAUGAUAUUAUUUAUAUUUCCUAAAAGUAAUUAAAUUACUAAGUUUUAUAGUUUGCAUUUGGCAAAUCCUAAAAUAAUUUCUCUUAAAGCGGAUAUUCAAAAAAUAAAUAGAAAUUUACCAGCUGCAGUUUAUAUCCCAUUUUAAGGAGUUAGAAAUUAUGUAGUACUUAAUAUAGUUGUUGAUGAAUGCAGAGUAUUUCCUACAAAAUGCAGAUCUCCAUUUUAUUUGUGUUUAGAAAUUUAUAGACCUGAAGAAGAAGCUGAAUUAAUUCCAAAUCCUUUAAGAAAUAGUCGAAUGUCUCUUCCAAAAACAGUAGGAAAAAUGGAUAAUAAGAACAAUAGUGAAAAUAAUGAAACUUCAGAUUGUACAAGGAAUAGACCUACAUAUCUUUGUAAAAUAGUUGAAGCUGAGGUAGAUGCUGAAGAAGGUAGGGAUGAUUUAUCAUAAUUCAGCAAUAUCUUGAGAGAUAAUGAAGUCACGCAUUCAUACUAUGAAGAUUUGAAUAAUCUAGUAUCAACAUAAAAUAAUACAGGAAAAUAAUUAAAUAAAAUGUCAAGGAAAGAAUUAACGGAUUCUAUUUAUGGUUGUGACAAUUCAGAUAAAAUUAGGAGUAAUUCUCCAUUUAGAAAUUUCAAGACAUGGAAAUUAGUACAACUUAUUGUUAAAUCUGGGGAUGAUUUGAGGUAAGAAUAAUUUGCUAUGCAAUUAAUAUCAACAUUUGAUCAGAUAUUCAAAAUAGAGUAACUGAAACUAUAAAUUACGACAUAUGAAGUUAUAUCAUUAGGACCUGGUUAUGGUUUAAUUGAAGUAGUAAAGGAUGCUCUAUCAAUUGAUUCUAUAAAAAAGAAACUUAAUGAUAUUUUACAAAUAAAAUGUUUGAGUUAAUAUUUUAAGUAAUUAAUUUUAAUAAUUAGAUUAAAUUCAUCAUAAGCUAUGCUAUCUAAUUUUUUAAAUAGUUUAGUAGCUUACAGUUUGGUUUGUUAUUUUUUAUAAAUCAAGGAUAGACAUAAUGGAAAUAUUUUAUUACAUAGAGAUGGUUAUAUAAUUCACAUAGAUUUUGGAUUUUUUUUGUCAAGUGCCCCAAAAGGUAAUUUAGAAAAAGAAGUGCCUUUUAAGAUGACAGAAGAAUAUGUUGAUAUAUUAGGAGGAUAUGAUUCUAAUUUGUUUAAGAGAUUUAGAAAAAUGUUUUUUGAAGGAUUCAAGGCAAUUAGAAAACAUAAAGAGAAAAUUUUAUUGUUGGUUAAAAUGAUGGAGAAUUCCAAUUUAAAUUGUUUUAAAGAAAAAACUUUAACUGAUUUAGAGAGGAGAUUCUUACAAGAUAAUCUCUCUGAAACAUAAUUAUAUGUUUAAUGCUAAAAGUAUAUAUUUCUCUAUAUAAUAAUUAAAGAUUAAUUGAUUUGAGUAGAGGAAAUUGGAGGGCUAAUUGGUAUGACAAAUAUUAAUACUAUUUUUAAGGAAUCAUGUAUUGA